GCCACCAGGAACGCUUCUCUCUGCUCCCUUUGUGUCUGAACCUGACCGAGGCACAGAGGAUACCAAUAGGGCAGCUGGGAGGAAGCUUUUUCUAGCAGAUGUCACAUGAAAGCCACUUACAAGUUACUGGUUCUUGGGUAACCUGGAACGGAAUCUGUAUUCCCAUUGUUCUCAAAGAGUCACAGAACGACUCCAGGGAUUAGGAUGGGGAAGAUAGCUUGGUGAUCUAUCGGCUGUAGCCAACAUGUGGGCAUCAGAGACAUAGCACCAGUGGCUUCCAGGGCCAUUUCAGAGGCAUGUUUUCUCUGAGAAAACAAAAGCUUGUCUGCCCUUCUCAUUUUUCCAAGCCAGAACUUGCUCCAAACAGAAAGAGAAAUGUACAUGUGUUUUGGGGGCAGUGGAGUUGCCAUCAACAUCCAUCCAUCCACCCGUCCAUCCAUCCAUCCAUCCCUCUUCUCAGUGUUGCAUCUGUCUUCAGGCACACUUGCUAGCAGAAGCCACUUGCUUCCCUCUCUUCCAAAGACAAAUCUCCCACUUACAUGUACAGUAAGAGCCCAUAUCCUCCAACGUGAUGAAGGUUGCAUCCUUGUGAGCAAGGUGUCCUAUAGAGACAACGGAGCAAACAGAAGUCACCACCGGGGAAUCCAGUCUAUCAGAUUAGACUAUCUAUCUAUCUAACUAGUGCAGGAGGGGGGGAGCAGGAUGGAGUGGCUGGGGUGUGCCAUGGCAUCUCUAGAGACCUGAGCAGAAGGAACUCCUCCAAGACUGAAUGAAGGCCUUAUGGGCAUUAUGUUGACCACCUUCAUGGUCUGGCUACCGUUAAUUAACUGAACAAUGCUUACUGGGCAAUCCAGGUCAACCAGGAAUGGAGGUGGUCAAUACUCCAUAUGAGGUUACAGGCCAGUGUUCUGCUUGUGAAGUAUGUACCAAGAAGUGGGGAAAGCAAAGGCGGUUUCAAAUUUUGCCCAGAGAAAGAAUUGUGACUAUUUGCAGUGGGCAGGUGAAAGACUUGGGAGUGGCUCUUACCUCUGGAGAAUUCAGCUGGUGCUGUGUUUAAGAGCAGUUUUGCCUAUCAAGGUUUGCCUUGCUUCCCCACUGCUUAGGGUCCAAAUGUAUUACUUGAAACACAUAGUUUGGCCUUUGAGUACUUGCAUUUAAGGAGUGGGGCCAAUCUGGAUUGGGCCCUCACUGGGAGCCAAGCAAGGAUUAAGCCUUCCCUCCCUCUGUGUCAUGGUACUGAUCUGGAUGCGUGCAAGGGCCUAAUGACAUAUUUAAAGUAACAUGCAGUUAAAUUGAUAUGAUACACAUACUCCAAAUCUCCUGUACUUGCUUUCCUUUGUGCCUAUUUAGAGACAUCCUGCCGUUGAGGAGAGUACAGAACAGAACAACAAAGCAUUGUUUCUACAGAGCCCAGUGACCCCUCCUUCCUGGCUCUGAGUUGUAGCAUCUUCGGCAAGGGUGACUUCCAUUCAAAUCCUGAACUGCCUCACUUCUGGAUCAUGCUAGACCACAGAUAGGGGUUGGCAGGGCAGGCUGAGGUCCAUCACUAAAGAGGAAGGAUACUGCCUCACUUACCGACAAAGAGUGCUGCCACCCUUGAGACUGCUGGCAGAUUGUUGGAGGAAGGAAGCAUGCAGCUGAAGGCAGCACCACGCACCAGAUCCUUCUUGUACUUUUUUGUCUAACAGAAACAAAAAGAGAGAGGCAGUUCUGUGCAUGCAAGACAACACUCUGUUGGAGAUAAGAGUUCCAGUGCAUCGACCUUUUGCACAGACUAUCCCGAUGACCACUAGGGGCAUUGGGAGUAGAAAUAGGGGGGUGCACAGAGCAAUAUCGCUUGACUUCCAGCCCUUGCUCAGCCCUCUUAGUGACAGAAGAGAAGGGGAAGGAUGCAGCAAACAGCAGAAGAGCUCAGGCAGAGAAGUGGUCUCUCCCAUUGGACAGCCACGUAAGAACUCUAAGAGGCGGGUCUCACGAUCCGUACCACCCGCUUUGGCCAUACAGCGCGCAGGGCAUACAGGAGAGAACCCUGGAGCCGGGAGGCGACUUUUCGCCUCCCCUCUGGGGGUCUACUCAUGAAUAGCUUCACCACGGAGCCAUGCCGCGGCUACUCACGAUUUUGAAAACACGGGUUUGUGGAGCGCUCGCUCCGCAAACCUGGUUUAAGGGGAAGAGAACUUAGGCGGGUUAACCCCUAGUUCCCCUAGAUCGAUUUCGGCUGGUCGCCAGAAUAGCCUCUAAUUGUUCUUAUUUGCCAGUGACCGCCCAUGUUUUCUGAGUUAUGUUCCUUGUAAAUCACUGCUCCUGCUCUUGUCCCCUUUUUUGCCUCUGGGAUGCCUUAUUUGUUAUUUCUCAUGUGUAUUGCCAGUUCUGUUGUUCUUCAGGAUUUCGUUCCCUCCCUAGGAACUUAGGAAGCUGCCAUAUAUUGAGCCAGAUCAUUGGUUCAUCUAGCUCAGUCUUGUCUACACAGACUGGCAGCAGCUUCUCCAAGGUUGCAGGCAAGAAUCUCUCUCAGCCCUAUCUUGGAGAUGCCAGGGAGGGAACUUGGAACCUUCUGCAUGUAAGCAUGCAGAUACUCUUCGCAGAGCGGCCCCAUCCAUGAAGAGGAAUAUUUUACAGUACUCACAUGUAGUCUCCCAUUCAUACGCAACCAGGGCAAAUGCUGCUUAGCAAAGGGCACUCUGUGGUGCACAGCAUCUAGCAGGUGGAAUAUGCUCUUCAGGGCUUAGGCAGUAAUCCUUGUGAUGAGAACUGGGUGUUGCCAAUGGACCCCUAUUUUCAUUUGCAAAAUGGUGGAAGGUAUGUGCAUUCAGUAGUGGCAGGUCCCAAGUAAGAUUAGAAGGACAGCUAAGUAUGAGGAAGAAAACCACACUGAAUUCCCUGGCUGUAAGCUGAGGAGUUCCUCAUAUAAGGGCAAAUUGUGGCCCAGUAAGCAUAUGGUUUACAUUCCUUAACCGGGCUGCACGUGUCUCUCAACUUCAGAGCUUCUCUCCUUGGUUUUUAAUUUGUUUUUAACCAUUUUUAUCGGCUGGCAUGCUUUUUUAUUAUGUGUUUAUGUUUGCUAGCAACUGCAUUUAAAGAUACCGUGGCCUUGGGUUUACUGAACUGCCUAGGAAGAUAAGACGCUGAAGGCUGACGCUGAAGGUUGAAAGCUGCACGCGAUGGGAGCAAAGCACAGAAAGAAAAUCUCCAAAGAUAAAAAAGGUGGGAAAAUGCCCCGUCCCGCAUUAAACAACUUCUUGACUAAAACCGGAGGAGGAAAGAACACUCCCACAGAAAGGAAGGAACCACUUUUCACUCAGCUUCCUCAAUCUGUUCCACUAAAUGAUAAUCAGAAGGGAAACGUGGAGGAUGCUUUCGUGCUGCUGAAUUCCUCAGUGAACCCAGAAAUAGACAGUAUUGCCUGUCGAUCUAGACAUCGUCCUAUGCUCAGAUAUGACUGUUUGGGCUGCAGCCAUCUUGGAGUGGAUUGCCAAAUGCGUCUUAUAACUCAGCUUAUUCCUCUGAUGCCAUGUCCAGAGUCUUCCCACCGGGAUAUGCUUCUGUGCGAUAUGUUCAGCCAUCCUGGUGAUUUAGUCACACAUGAGCCUUCUCUUCCUACAGGCUCGAAACAUAGUGUUUCUGGUUGUAAUUGUGUAAAUUGGAGUUUUAUUAGUUGGAUUAUAGCGGAGUGGGCUGGGAAAAGAUGUAACCUAGCAUUUUUAUCUUUUUUACAAAAGUAGGAUGUGUUACUGCUGCAGGAAACAUGGUCUAAGGAAGAUUUAAAUAUCAACAGCUAUGUGAUUUAUAAAUUGUUGCCCACUCUGACUCCAAUAGGGGAAGACUCAAAGGGGGCUUGACUUGCUGUGUUUUGCUUUCCUUAGAAGAGGACUCUCUAUGGUUGCUUGACUUUUUUCCUUUUGCAAUGGCUGUUCUCAUUAAAACCCCAUGUGAGGACAUAUUGUUAAUUAAUGUUUGCAUCCCUCCCCCCCCCCCCAGUUCCUCUUAUGGCCCUAUGGCUGCCAUUUAUCAACUGGACUCUUAUAUCCUGGAAACUAGUUUGAAGAUCCCGUGCGCUGAGAUUCUGCUCUCGGGUGAUUUCAAUGCAAGAUGUGGCCCGGAUAAUAAUGCAGUAAUCGCCUCCCAUUUGUGGAGUGAGGGUGAUAACUCAGAUGGUUCCUUUACUCAUAUUUGCUUAUCUAAAGAUAGAGUCCUUAAUAAGGCAGGGGCUAAAUUGUUACAUCUUGCUAGAUCUUUUGAUCUGAUUCCUUUAAAUGGUACUGUCCCCCCUGUCAUCCCAGGUGAAUUUACAUAUUUAUCCUCUUGUGGCAGCAGUGUGGUGGACUAUAUUUUGGUUUCUCCCCUGCUGUUUAAUUGGGUCGUACUGUUUGAAGUGGGCGAUCAAGCUUUUAGAGAUCACCUGCCCCUUCUUUUUUGCCUUGAUAUACCACAAGCUAGAAAAGAUUGUUUUAUUUCUAGCUCAGUUGAAUCCUUCCCUACUAAAAUGGGAUGGAAGGUAAAAUGGUCACCUGAUGUGGAAAGGGCAUUGAAUACCCUGUAUUCUUCUGCAGUUGGCAUUGAGUUAUAUAACUGUGUUGUGCAGGCCCCGUCGGGAGCGCUAGCAAUCUCCUGUUAUGAGAAGCUUGAGGCUGAGGUUUCGCAAAAGAUCCUGACUACAGGUCAACUGCACUCUUUUAAGAGAGGUAGGAUGAAUGACUCUAAUGAGUGGUUUGACUCCCAGUGCAGGGAUCUGUUUCCCAGGCUGAGGGGCAUAUAUAGGGAAUACAGAGCUGGUUCCAACCAAGUGCUCCCUCCAGAAUAUUUCACAACUAAGAAAGCUUAUAAAAUAUGUGUGAGGUCUGCCAAGUCCCAGGCACAGAAAAACAUCUGGAGGAGAUUAAUUUUGGCCACUCAUAAUAAGGAUAGUGGUGCCUUCUGGCACAUUAUUUCAGGUUCUACAUAUCCUAGAGUGCUUUCUGUGGUUCCCGCACCCGCUUGGGUAGCCCACUUUCAUGCUCCCUUUAAUGGAGCUUCGGCCUCUUUGGGUAAUGAUCCCUCCACCCCUGAGAAGUUGCCCUUGUGGCCACCUCUUACACUGGAUGAUAUAGUUAAUCUAGUUAGAGGUCUAAAGAAAAGGAAAGCGCCUGGUUCUGAUCUCAUUUUCCCUGUAGACAGUAUUAGGUAACCUUGAUUGGUGGGCUCAUGUCCUAGCCAGUUUGUUUACCUCGAUUAAUAACAGGUGUUAUUCCCUCUUCCUGGAGUGAGGCCAUUGUGGUCCCUAUUUAUAAACAUGGCUCCCCCUCCAUCCCUUCCAACUAUAGACCCAUUAGCUUGUUAUCGGUGAUAGGCAAACUUUACGCCCGUUAUCUUUUGGAUAAGUUGGAGGGCUGGACGCUGGAGUACCAUAUUCUAGGCCCCGAGCAGGCGGGAUUCAGGGCUGGCCACUCGACGCUAGAUCACAGUAUGGUAUUAUACCAUCUGGCAUGCAAGUAUACAGGGUAAACUCUUUGUCACAUUCAUGGAUUUGUGAGCUGCUUUUGAUUCCAUACCAAGAGAGGUACUAUGGGAUAAACUUCUUUUGUUGUUUGUAGUGAAAUAUCUAUUGAUAAAAGGCUCUUAUUCCUAAUCAGACGACUUUAUGCCAAUUCCACAAUCAAAGUUAGAUAUGAUCCUUCAGGGGCCCUAACUGAGCAUAUUCCUACCACCCGAGGAGUCAGGCAAGCUUGUCUGCUGGCACCUGCAUUGUUUAAUUUAUUUAUUAAUGACCUGGUCCAGGUUUUGGGAAGGGCGGAUGCCCAUUCUCCUAAACUGGCAGAUGUAAGAGCACUGGCGUUGUUAUAUGCUGAUGACAUGGCGUUUUUAUCUCAGUCUCGGCUUGGCUUAAUGAGACUCUUGGAGGCGUUUGCCAAGUAUUGUAAUAUAAACAAACUUUCCAUUAACUUUGAUAAAUCAAAGGUUUUGGUAUCUCGAAUUCUAGGAAAGUUUAUAAAUGGAGGAUCAACCAGACCAGUAUAGAACAAGUCACCAAGUUCAAAUACCUUCGGAUCUAUUUCCAAUCCAACUUGAACUGGAAAUUGCAGCAGUUACACUUUCUCUCCCUGGCACGUAACACACUAUAUGCCUUUUUGUGCUUUUUUAAUGGAAAAGGCGGCCAAUUUAUACCUAUGGCUUUGCGAGUGUUUCGAGCCAAGAUUGUGGCUCAAAUGCUCUUCAGAGUCGCUAUCUGGAUCCAAGGGGUACAUCCAGAUAUCGAAUUGAUCCAGUCUAGAUUCCUUAGAGCCAUUUUCAGAGUUCCCAAAUGUGUAUCUUCCGCUGCUUUAUGUUUGGAGACCGGCUCUUAUCCGAUCUCCUGUUUAGCUUGGGAGGCCUCAUUCACACGCUGGCUCAAACUCUGUUUGGGACCCUGAGGGACCUUCAUAUGUUCAACAUAUGUGGACAGACACCUUCCCUAAUCCAUGGUUGUCUGUUGUCACCAACAAAUUGUUGGGCAUGGGGCUUUCCCCCUCUCACAUUUUCUCCUUGGGUUUUGUAAAGGCGAAGGCUAUUGCCAUUCAGCACCUAAAGGAUAUUGAGUACCAACACCUACUUGACCUUGGAAACAAAUAUGGUUCCCCUUUGUACCUUGGCAUUUCCCCUCCAGCUGGAAAACAGGCUGCUAGUUAUCUAACCAUUCUUCAUUUUGUUAAAUUUAGGCCAGCCUUUGCUAGGGCUAGGCUGAAUGUAUUACCUUCAGCCUUGCUUCAAAAGAGGUCCUCUACAGAACCCCCUGUUUCCGGGUUGUGUCUAUGUGGGGAGGGUAGUUUGGAAACAGUCACUCAUAUUCCUUUAUACUGUUCCCUUUAUCGUGAUUCUAGGAAUGAAUUACUGCAUCUAUUACUAGAGCAAUUCCUUGGUAGGUCUGAUCCUUUUUAUCUUAAUUGUUGUUUAGCUGAUACCAAUGAUGAAGUCACCAAAGUGUUAGCCAAAUUUAUUUAUGGGGCGAUGAGACAGACAUCCCGCCACAGACUUUUAUAAGUUUGAUCUUAUGGUAGUUUUAGUCUUACCUGUAUGUAUUGUUAUAUUUAUUCUGCUUAUUGUAAUUCUGAAUGGCUGUGUUAUUGUCACUUUUGUUUUUGUUUGGCCUAUGGCUGCAAUAAAAGAACUACUACUACUACUA